AUGCCACCGUACUUCGUUGGUAACCUUGCUUUCCCUCGCCUCUUGGAAGAUGGCACCGUAGAAACCCUCCGAUAUCCCAUCAAAUACACGUACCCAUUCGGUAUUCCAGAGGAUUACACCACCACCGAGCUUGGCCAACAACUUGUUAACACCUUUCAGGAAUACAAUGUCCAUUGUAUCAAGGAUCUGUUGGUUCGUGAUGGUAUUGACCUUGUCUCUGUGGCGUACAAACGUGAAGCCUUGGUGGAACAUGCCCGGAAGCGUAAUCACUUGAAGCCUUUGCGGGAGUAUUUGUCUUCCUGGAAUGUGCUCGCUCCCUGGCUCACCAAAUAUCCCGACAACUAUCCUCUUCCCCCUGUAAAUGGUCAAUGGAUGAAGGAGGAUCUUGGGAAGCUUCUGCUCUUAAAGCUGUUGAUUGUUAACCCCUUCGUCAAUCGCCCCAUGGCUGAGCGAAUCUGCGAGCGAACCAAUAGCCAGAUUGAUGAAAUGUGUCUUCGAUACAAGUACUGGAUGAACUUCGAUCUUGAGACUCUGCCUGAUGAGACAGUUUACCUGGUGAAAUUCGGCCAUUUGGAAACUGAAAUCGUAGCCAAUAUUCUUCGCCGCUACGAAAUUGCCUCUUGCGAAGACUCCGACAUCGCCAAACUGGCUGGACAAGCGCUGGCAGCAAUCCAAGACCAUUUCGAAGAUACCGACUCAGUGGAGGAAGGGGAAGUGGAAACCAACAAACCCCCCAUUGUUAUCGAGUUGUACCCUACUGCUAGCGAGGAUGAUAGUGAUUCCAUUCCCGAGCUGGCACCAUUUGGCGAUGUCUCAACCGGUUACACGAACAACCAGAACUCGCUCAGCUUUCAGCAUUGUUCGCAGCUUGCCCAGCCAAGUGUCCUUCCAACGGAGAAGAAGAAGUCACCCAACCCUUCACCCACCAAGCGAUGUCGAGAAGAACAUACUCCUGGCUCCCGGUCUUGCUUGAGCCAAGCGUUUCCUGAGAGUGAUCGUGCCAGUGCGAAUGGUGGUUUCGAGCGCUUCUUGGGCGAUGCUGAUGAUGAGGACUCCGGCUCUGGCGAAGAUUGCGAAGAGACCCCACGAAGCGACAUCGCCAAGACCUUGGAAGAGUCCUUCGCUGAAAUGCGGCGAAGAGAAGAAGAGGAGGAAAGUGCUGGCACUACUGGUACGCAUCUCAAUUCCUAUCUUUACAGUUGA